AUGACAACAUCUAUUCACAUCAACCCGCUGUCAAACUCAAAAGGUGUCAAACUUGUGUGUGAGCUCUGCGCCAAACCUGCCGAUGAGGAUCACCAGAAUAUUGAUGCGCGUGGAAUUCAUGAUAAAAUAUGCCAGCUUCUGAUUCCGUUGCGUACACCUAUAACUGUCCUGGGAUCUGAGGAAGAGCGAGAACAUAGAGAAAAGCAAACUCGAUCUCGUCAACUGCAUCUAGUUCAAAUAACAAAGCUAGAGGCCCACAAGUUACUCUUUGAAGGCCAGUAUGAUCUGGCAAUUCCUGCUGCACUCCAGGCUCUUCGAUUUUCUAUGAGCGUAUCGAGCCCCAACAGCAUAAACCUUGUGCCGUCAUAUCUAUUAUUGGGAGAAGCUAGCAUUGGAUUGAAACAGUAUAAGCAGGCAGAAGACUACCUUUCUCUGGCAAAAUGGGCAAUUCUCAAAGCCGAUGAAUGUGAAAAUACAAUCCGGUCGCAACUUCAUCGCAAUUUUGGAUUGUUAUAUACCUCUCAGGGUCAAUACGAAAAGGCUUUAGAUCAGCUAGCUCUAGAUGUAAAUGAUGGGGUUGAUAAAAUUUACUAUAUUUCAUUGGCGAAAACCCCAGAAGAUAUUGCUGUUACUGGAGGAUAUUUUCAACUUGGGACUGUAUUUCAUCAUCAGGAUCGCAUUGAUCACGCAGCAGCAGUGUUUGAUAAAGUAGUUUCCAUUUGGAAACAGGUGUUGAAAACUCCUGAUAUGAAAUUAGAUGCGGCACAGAUGGCCGAAGCAGUGCAAAUGCUGUCAUCUAUUCAUGCUUUCCGAUCAAGCUACAUGGGUUCGCCCAUCAUGGCAGCUGAGGUGUUGUAUACACUGGCGCAGGUGUACCAUGCAUCUUUAAAAAUGGAUAAAGCCAAAGAAUUUGCUACCAAGGCGUUGGAUUCAUUUGAAGCAGUACUUGGACGUGAGCAUUUACUAUCAAUCGAAGUACGCACCUACCUCGGCAGUCUUUCUGUUGAUGCAAUCAACGAUUACAAAGUCAAAGUAUGA